AUGUCCCUGCCGAUGGACAUCCGCCUGCCUCCAGAGUUCCUGAAGAAGCUGCAGAUGGAGAGUGAGAACUCACCGGUCAGCAAACCUCUCAGCCGGAUGUCCCGGAGGGCCUCGCUGAUCUUCAUGUUCCAGCUGCUGCGAGGCCUCUCCUACUGCCACAAGAGAAAAAUCCUCCACAGAGACCUGAAGCCCCAGAACCUCCUGAUCAACGACAAGGGCGAGCUCAAGCUGGCCGACUUCGGUACGCAGAUACUCGCAACCGCCGAGUGUGGCGUUCGGUGGGAGCCUUGGCAAUAA